UCUCUCUCUCACCAUAAAUAUGUCUUAUUAACAUUCACAAAAAUAGUAUUUCCAUGUGUUAGAUUGAAGUUUCAAACAUAACAGUAGUUAUAUUUUGCAGAGAAUGAGUUUUGGUGAUUGAACAAAGGGCAGAACAUAACACAAUGACAGUUGAAAAGAGGUUUGUGUUGGUUGGGAUUAGAAUAGAUAGCCAUAGCAGACAGCUUCUCAAUUGGGCUAUUGUUAAAGUUGCUGAACCUGGUGAUUGUGUUAUUGCUGUUCAUGUAGUUAAAACUAAAAGCUCAGAUUAUGUUUCUAAAAACAAGAGCCUAAUAGAUGGAUAUUUAGAGGUUUAUGAAGGCUUGUGUGAUGUGAAAAAGGUUGGUCUUUCUAGUCAAAUCAUAACAGGGAAGUCCAUUAAAAACAUUCUUGUUAGAGAAGCAAAAAACCAGGAUGCUUUGGCUUUAGUGGUAGGGGGUAACGCUGCCACAGCCAAAUAUUGCGCCAAACGUCUUCCACCCACCACCAAUGUUCUAGCCAUCCAAGAUUCAAGAAUCGUCUUCGGGAGGUGCAACAAUAAACGACCACCAGGUAGUCUUAUAUUAGAUCCAAGGUCAAGUUUAACAAGUAUAGAUAACCUGAGUGAGGAAUCACCACACCAAAACAUCAAGGAAUCGAAAGAAGAAACAUUUGACGAAUCAGAAAGGCACAAGUCACGAUCGAUAUCCAUGUUUGCAGACGAUCCUUCUAAGAGGAAGCUUGGAUGGCCUCUACUCCGCAAAUCGAAUUCAGACAUCUCACAUAGUCAUCAUGGAAAGGGUAUUUCGGUAGUACAAUGGGUAAUGAGCUUACCAGAUCGUUCACCGCGUAGUAGUCCUCAAUCAUCUUCCUCAGACGAAAAUCCAUUCGAGAGGAGCAUAAGUGACAGUCUUGAGGACGAGAGCUUCAAAAAUCAUUUACCUACAUCAGUUGUACUCCCAAAAGUCCUAGAAGGGAUAUUGAAUGUAAAUUCACUCAAUUGCAAGUGGCUCAGCCUUGAGUCUCUCAAGUCUUGUACUAGUCAAUUCUCUUCAGAAAAUUUGAUUGGGAAAGGAGGAAGCAACCGUGUGUAUAAAGGAAUUCUCCCUGAUGGAAAACCAAUUGCAGUUAAAGUAUUGCGAUCAUCAAAAGAAGCAUGGAAAGAUUUUGCCUUUGAGAUGGAAAUAAUAUCAUCAUUGAAGCACAAAAACAUUACUCAACUACUUGGAAUUUGCAUAGAGAACAAUACUUUAAUAUCUGUUUAUGAGUAUUUCCCUAAAGGAAGCUUAGAGGAAAAUCUACAUGAUGCAGGAAAAAACAAUGAUGGAUCUCUUUUGUCAUGGGAAGUGAGAUUUAAUGUAGCUGUUGGAGUAGCUGAGGCCCUUGAUUACCUACACACAGAAGCUUCGAAGCAUGUCAUACAUAGAGAUGUCAAGUCUUCAAACAUUCUUCUUUCCAAGGAGCUUGAGCCACAAUUGUCUGAUUUUGGACUUGCAAUAUGGGGACCAACAACAACAUCCUUUUUGACACAAGAAGAUGUAGUCGGAACAUUUGGUUAUCUUGCUCCUGAAUACUUCAUGUAUGGAAAAGUUAGUGACAAGAUAGAUGUCUAUGCCUUCGGUGUAGUGCUACUUGAACUAAUAUCAGGUAGGGAACCGAUCAGCUCUGAACCUUGCAAAGGACAAGAGAGCUUGGUAGCUUGGGCAAAACCAAUAAUAGAGAGUGGAGAUAUUAAAGGUUUGUUGGACCCAAAAUUAGAAGGGAAGUUUGAUGAGACCCAAAUGAAAAGAAUGGUUUUGGCAGCAUCUUUAUGCAUCGCACGGGCUGCUAGACUUCGUCCUAAAUUUAAUCAGAUACUGAAGAUCCUAAAAGGGAACAAUGAAGAUGAAUAUUGCUUCAAUGAGUAUUCAGAGAAUGAAGAAAACAUCGAUGAUGAAGUGUAUCCAAAUUCAAGUACAGAGUUACACCUAACUCUUGCAUUACUUGGUGUUGAUGAUGACAAUACAUCAUGUAGUAGUACAGACCAUAGCUAUAGUGAGAAUUUGAAAGAUCAAUGGAGCAGGUCUUUGAGUUUUAACUAAUUUAGCUUUCAAUUCUAACACACUUAUUUAUCAUUAGUUAAUUUGUGAAUGUAGAGUGAAGUUAAAAAAGGAAAAUAGAAAGGACUACUGCCAUUGAUGAGGGGUUUGUACUUUGUACAGUUAAGUGGAAAACAAUUAUUUCAUUUCAUCAAUAAUAAAAGGUUCCAUACAUAUAGGACUAUAA